CCAGGCUGCGCUGAUCACACCCUCAUAGCUGCACUCUAGACUUAGGCUCCCACCCCUCCCCCAUCCCCCAGAGGCUCUGCACUAUUUUGGGUGGUGUAGACCCCGCCCCCACUCUGACUGAGUCCUGGCUCUCCCUCUGAAGCUGGAGGGGUCGCCUUGAUCUUGUUGGGGCUACACUUGGGAUCAGGGCUACUAGUCGCAACAGCAGUCAUGUCGGGCCGCACAGUGCCACACGCCCACCCAGCCACUGCCGAGUACGAAUUUGCCAACCCUAGCCGCCUGGGCGAGCAGCGCUUCGGAGAAGGCCUCCUGCCAGAAGAGAUCCUGACCCCCACCCUCUACCAUGGCUACUAUGUUCGGCCCCGGGCCGCCAGAGCUGGGGAGGGCGGCAGGGCAGGGGCCUCAGAGCUCAGGCUCAGUGAAGGCAAGUUCCAGGCAUUUCUGGAUGUGAGCCACUUUACCCCAGAUGAGGUGACCGUGAGGACUGUGGACAACCUGCUAGAGGUGUCUGCCCGACACCCCCAACGUCUGGACCGCCACGGCUUCGUGUCCCGAGAGUUCUGUCGCACCUAUGUCCUGCCUGCAGAUGUGGACCCCUGGCGGGUCAGAGCUGCUCUCUCCCAUGAUGGCAUCCUUAACUUGGAGGCACCGCGGGGUGGCCGGCAUCUGGACACGGAAGUCAAUGAGGUCUACAUCUCCCUGCUUCCUGCACCUCCUGACCCCGAGGAAGAGGAAGAGGUAGCCGGAGUUGAACCCUGACUGCCAGACCCAGAACCCGGUGAAUCCCCUGUCUACCUCCCGUGGUGAUUCCAGAAAUCCACCACACCCCAGAGGGAGCAGCAUCCCUGGGAGAUGGGAUAGGUGCAUUGUCCACAGUGUAUGGUUUGGUCCCUUGAUGAAUCAUAGCCUUCGAUUUAAUUCUGGGUGAGGCUAAAUAAACCAAAAUCUAGGGGCCUUG